UUGGUGAUUGUGGAACGCGUCGAGGGUCUCGUGUUGCACGUUGCACGUUGCUUGUGGAACGCGUUGCUGCCUCACUUCGGUUGCCCAACGUGCAGCCUGGGAUCUUAGAACUUCGACUGCGAUGGCAAUUAUAACAGAUAUCGUUAGUUGCCACGCCCACUCCACUUCACUCCCCCCUCUGCUGCAGUCCUCCUCCGCCGGAUGAGCGGAUGGAUGACCUUUUGGCUCCGCAGCAUAAACAAUAUUCGGUUUCAAGUCCUCAACCCGUCAUGCAUUCAAUUCAGCUGCAACAAUCGCUGGCGCUGCCGUUGUUGUUGUUGUCAGUUUGCAUAAUUGCAACUGUAGCAGCAACGAACAACAAUAAGCCAUGUCGGAUGACUAUAAAAGCGCCGGGCCACCGGCAGCCAUCAACAAACCUCGCCUGGCGUCCAACCCAUCAAGUCAACCAGCCAUCAGCAAUAACCAUCAGCAGCAGCAACAUGAAGUUCUUGUGCGUGUUCGUCAUCCUGGCCAUUUGCCUCAUGAGCAGCUGGGCAGCAGUUUCGGAGCCCGCUCCUGAAGCACUGGAAGCGGCCGACCCAUCCGCCGUGGAUGAGAAGAAGACGGAGAAGAGAGGCAUCUACGGGUUCGGUCACGGCUACGGCGGCUACGCCGGAUACGGCGGAUAUGGUGGCUAUGGACAUGGCCACUACGGCGGCUACGGCGGACUGAGCAGUCCCUACUACGGCGGCUACGGAUACGUCCAUGCGGCGCCCUACUACGGCGGACACCACGGCUACUAUCCGUACCACCAUGGCCACUACGGCUUCUACUAGGACCACCUAGAACCACCUAUCCAUACUGUUUUUUUUUUGUCUCGAUCGCUUCAUACUCAUCACUGCACCAUCAUUCGUAUAUAUGUAUGUACAUAUAUGUAUGUAUGUACUGGUUUUCCCCAAUCAUUCACCGCAAUAUAAAUGUACU